CUCACAACGAGGGAAGGACAUUCUUCCCAACUUGACAACCAUUGGCAAGGGGAUUAACAAUCGUCUUGGCAACCAAUGUUAUUUUUUAUACCCCAAAUAAAAAUCAUGUUUCAGGUAUCGCUUUAUUAAUUUUAUAAGAAAUCCUUAAUACAUUGAAGCAAGAAAGCACACGGACACAAAAACCCCUUCCUCCCAACGUAGUUACCAAACAAGAACCGAAAAUGCCAACCACUAACCAUUUUUUUCAAGGCGAAACUUUUAUUCAACCGCAAGGGCUCCAAGAUGCCGCGUGUCAAGCCCACCAAGAAGGUCGAUGUCCUGGGGAAUUUGGAUCUCCGGCCUGAGGAAGCAGUGGGUGACUUCCUUUGCUCCAAGCAGCAGGAUAAGUUUUUUGUGAUACCUCCCAACUCUGAUUCCGCCGGGGAGUCAAUCGAGUUGAUUUAUGUCAACAAUGUUCGAGAACACGAAAGUAUGCUCAAGUUGCAGGCCGAGAUGCUGGCCAACGCGAAGCAGCAGACCAAACUUAACUCCUCUCGGGUGCGGAAUAUGUACAAGGUCCAGGAGCAAUUAAGGAGCCGCUUCAUCGAAGUCAAUUCCUUUAUGAAGGACUGCAGCGACAAGAAGCGGGUGGCGGAGAAAAUUGCGGCGGAGGAGACCAUCUACCACAAGGAGCUGGGCGAGGACAUUGAGAGCUUUAAGAGCUCGAUUGACGAGCUAAGGGCCUUCCGAGAGGCCCUCAAGGCCACCGUCGAGGAGUUCGAGCCUUACGAGAAGGUCCUUGACGACGUGGUGAAGGUCUCUGACAUGUUCGUUUCCCCAAAGGAUUGCAUUGAUCGCUGUGAUACGUUACUGCUAGCUCAGAAAGAAAUAAGCCAGUUGGAGCAGCAAAAACUGUCAGAAAUCGAGGAGAUGAGGAAGCGGAUGGUGCAGAUCACAAACGAUGCAGCUCUGACUGUAUUGGGUCUCAAAAACGAUCUUUCAAAAAUGGAACGAUCGUAUAACGAGUCCAGGAUACAAUGUCUCAAAUGGGAAAAGAUUCUGGCCACGAGCAAGUGUGCCAUCUCCGAUGGCUUUAUGGACAAAAACCGCACCCUGGAUGCUAUAAAUAACUUGUACCGAAUGCUGUGUCGGCGACGAGAUAUACCUGGAAAGCCGAAUCGAAAUGAGUUUGAUAUGCAGUUGGAUGUCAUAAAGAACGAGGUUGAGAUUCUGAGCGGAGUUUUGAAGCAAGUCGAGGCUAAUGAAAGCAAAACUAAACAAGUUGGAACUCAGAAAGCUUAGUUUAAGAUAAAUAU